AUGAAACAUUUGAAUUAUUUACUCCUAUAAUAUAUAUAUAUAUAUAACUAAAAAAUUAAAAACAAACAAACAAAAAAAAACAACUCCAUCAAUUGCUCAGUAGACCUUCUUUUGAUAGCUCAGUUAUUAGUCAAAAAAACCAACAAAUUUAUCUAAAAUAAUAUAUAAUACAAAGAUAAUUUGCCUACUAAAAAAUUUUACUUAUACUUUAUUCAUAGAUUACAUAUACUUUUCUUCAAAAGUAUUUAAUCAUAUUUGUAUUGUGUUUGUAUAUUUUUUCAUUCUUUAAUACGAAAAUUAAGUCUCAAAUUUCACAUUUCUGCUAUCAUAUAAUUUAAUCACCAUCUUCUUACUCUAUUUCAAAUGCAUAGAUUACUAUUAUUUUUUCAUUUAUUUAUUUCAAAUGAUAAACACAAAAAAAUAAUUCUUAAACAUUAAAUUUUUUUUUAAUUUAAAACGAUAAAUAAAAUACUCAUUUUUAUUUAAUUUACACUCCAUUUUUGUAUUUUCAAUAAUUUUUUAUUACUUCUUCAUUAAAAUUUUCUAUUAUAUUUUUUAUGUUUUUGGUGCAUUUGCAUUUUUUGUGUUAUUUCAAUAAACUUUUUCUCCUUUUCAUUAUUUUUAAUAAAAAAUUCAGUACUAUUUAUGCUAAUAUGA